AUGACCGGUACAGGCUCGCCAACCCCUUACAUCAAGGACGAACCGGACGAUCUACAGUACAACCCCCACCGCUUCAUGAGUCACAACGGUUACGACAUGGCGCAGCAGUUUGGCAACCAGCAUUUUGGGACUUCGCAUGGAGACAUUGGUGGCGUCAACCCGUCUGACCUCACCAUGAGCGGAAGCUUCAUGGGCAACCAAUACGGAUCACAUAACCUCUCGUCAAGUUUCAUCAUGGGGAACUCGAACAUAGCGGACGAUGAGCUUUUGGAGGGGCUUGUCGAGGUGGAUGAGUCCAACCGGCAGCAUGGCGGUUUCAACAGCGGCAUGCAGAGCCGGAACGGAUACAUCCAAGAGCCGAUGAACGGAGCUGGUGGACCAGCUCCACAGGCAGCCAACAUUCACCAGAUGUACUCAAACACCCCGGACGGUGCCCCAAUACAGAGCCCCUUCGUACACGACUUCAACUACAAUGUGUUCCGGAACGUUCACCCACAGCAGGGGUACCACCCGAACGUUCCCACGUCUGGCAGCAUGCAAAACGGUGGCUUCGUGCGCACCGGUUUGGAGAGGCAUGCAUCGGAUUCCCGGAGCCCACUUACUCCGAAGACUCCAGCACUAGGCGGCCUACAUCUCGGCACACCAGAUUCGGGGAGCUUCGGCUCGCAGCCCAUCGCCGCGAAUGCGAUGAGCCAUCGCCAGAAGCAGAGCAUAUCGAGUCAGUGGGAACACACGCCGAGAAGCGCGCAAUCCUGGUACGAUUCGCCUCUUGCAUCACCUCAUGGUGGCUCAAUGCACCACCCGCAAAUAUCAGAGGUCCUAGGUUCGGGAAAGCAUGCUUCAUCGUUGCCAGCGAAAGUCGACCUCGGAGUGCAAGGUGCGCCAGGCAUGCAGUCCCAGUCGCAGGAAGCCAAGCGGCGUCGACGGCGUGAAUCGCACAACCUGGUGGAGCGUCGCCGAAGAGACAACAUCAACGAGCGGAUAACCGACCUGUCUCACCUGGUGCCUAUGCAUCGGCUGGAAGAUGAGAAGGUGCGCAAGCACAUCAACAACAAUGGACCGCUUUCACCAAACUUGACAGCGACGGGCAUGUCACCGCCCCAGGCUACGUCUCUGCUGGCAGGCGGGACGGGCAGACGUGCCGCUGGCAGCAUCACGCAAGGCCUACCCAUCGAGGAUAAAGAUAAAGGCCCAAACAAAGGCGACAUUCUCAACGGUGCUGUGGGCUGGACUCGAGAUCUCAUGUGGAUGCUCUACCGCAAGCUCCAUCAGGAAGACGUUCUUCGGGACCAAAUCCUUGCACUCGGUGGGGUCCCCGCUAUUGACGAGACGGAAGAAGAGAAGCGCAUGAAGACCGAACUUCUAGGUGCCAUGGAGGUAAACGAUGCGGCCAGCUUCUCCUACUCUCGAUAUGCUGGCAGUGGGCUUCGAGUUCCAAAGCACACGAACAUCGCUGGCGAGCCGCUUGAGAGUUCCAUAUCUCCUCAUGGCAAGAACCAAAUGUCCCCUCAGAGCAUCAGUCCGGCUCCCUUGAGCGGCAGCAGCGGUUCCAAUUCAGGAGGCGCUGGCCAGCAAGCGUUCUGGAUGAAUCAACAUGGCAACCAGGGCCCUUUCAAUCAUCUCAAAGAAGAAGAUGAGUUUGGAAUGGAGAUGUAA